AGAGUUUCGAACUAAUGCUUUUAUUGUGAAGAGUCAAGAGGCGUUUCCCUGCUGCUGCCUGAGCUGCUGUUUCGGGAAUCACUGUCAGAGUUACAGGAAAUCUGAGGAAACGAAAUUCUUCUGAAGCGGGUGUGAACGAUGACCGUCCCUGUUGUUAAGGAAAAGCCAGUGACUGUGGUCACCGUGGCGACCGAGGGGAAGAGCUUGUGUCCUCCACUGUGUCAGAUCCUGAAGGCUCUUUGCUACAGUCCAGUCUGCUGCUCAGUGAACAGAGGACUGAUGCGGUCCCCUGUGAUUGGAGCCCUUGGGGCUUUACAGAUCAUGGUGGGCCUGUUCAACAUCGGACUUGGUCCAGGAAGAAUGAGUAUGCACCCUGAGGAUUUCACCAACCUGAAAGCUGCUUACUGGCUGGGUGGCGUGUACAUUGCUGCUGGAAUUGUGUCAGUCUUUGCCGACCGUUUCCCGUCUCGCUGUUUGGUGGGCUUUGGUGUGUUCAUGAACAUAGUGGGCUCCAUCUUCGCUGUGGUUGGCAUUGUGCUGUAUGCCAUAGACCUGGGAGAAUCCUCUUUCAGCUGGUGGUGUGACGAUAACUCUAAUGAUGGGUGCAAAUUUUUGGCCAACUAUGUUCAGCGAUUGCUGACAGGAAUGGAUGUGACUUUGAUCGUCCUCGCCUCCUUCCAGCUCUGUGUCUGCAUUAGCGUCACAGUUCUGGGCAUCAAGGCUCUGCACUACAGGGAGAAUGGCGUCGCAGCAGACGUUGAGAAUUACCAGCCUCUGCUGAAGGAAGUCCUCAUGACCAGCCCUGGUGCUUAAAGCCAACUCACACAAACAUACAGAAGCAUUUAAAAUUUUAAAAAAGCAUGUGUAUUUCAUCCUUGCAUUAAUUCUUAAACAACUGGCUACAGAACCACUCUAUAAUGAUAUGACUGAUACAUACUAAAGGGAAUGCUUACUCUAGAGUCCAUUUAAUGUGACUGGAAAUGUUUUAGUUCUUCUGUUUUAUUGCAUGAGAAUAUUCUUUUAAACUUGCUGAAUAAAAGGUGUUGAAAUGGAGAAA